UCAGCUAAAAGUUCGUCAGAAUCAAAACUUACGACAUCCUUUUCUAUAAUAGUUUUAAUUAUGGCACUCUUCUGUGGCGGAAAAUUGGGUGGCAGAUCGGUGCUGUCGACUAUUGGUAGAAUUCCUUGCAUUCUGAGCAGAGCUCAGUACGCUCAAACGGCCGCUGGAGUGCCGAAAAUAACGAUCCAAAAGGCCGAGCCGCCAAAAGAGGAACAUUAUGAUAAUAAAAAUGAGCGUCUUAAAAGGCCUUUAUCACCACAUCUUUCUAUUUACGCGUUCCAGAUGACGAGUACUUUGUCAAUUACUCAUCGUGCUACAGGUAUGGCACUAUCAGCAUAUACCUUCGGCUUGGGAAUUGGGGCCCUUGUGUUGCCAAAUGAUGUUUCUCACUACAUCGCUCUUUUAGAGAAUGUUUCUCCGGCAGUACUUUUUCUGGCCAAAUUCUGCAUUGCAGCACCAUUUGGAUACCAUUUUGCUAAUGGAAUCAGACAUUUAUACUGGGAUACGGCUAGAGGCCUAACACUCAAAGAAGUCUACUCAACGGGAUAUGCAAUGCUUGGGCUGGCUACUCUCAUUACCAUAGCAAUAGCAGCUUUAUAAAUAGAAAGGCUUAUGUGUACUUAUUUUAUGUAUUAAUUUAAUUUAUUGAAUUUGUAAGUGAUGUAAUAAAUUGUUCACAUCGGGCUUUUUGUUUCAC